AAGAUCGGUUUUUAGGAUAUAGGACAGAAGACGCUUUGCGGUAGGAUAGUAGAUCUGGUUGGGUUUAGGAAGUAUUGAUAGCAAGCUAGAAGAGGGUCAAGACGGUGUCAGGAUGGGCUUUAAUAUCAGAAGGAAGAUUGGAGAGGAAUGGGCAGAUGCCAAGUACACCCUUAGCCAGCGGAAACCAUGUGAGAUCGCCACCGCUCUCUUCCUCAUCGUUCUCCUGGUCGGCAGCGUGGUCAUGGCUUUCAUCUUCACCAUCGUAGCACCGCCGGGCAGUCUCGGAAGCAGCAGCAGUGGCAGUGCGUCUAUCGCCCGUCAUCUGGUCAGCAACCAGCAACAACGCGUACCCACGCUCUACAAACGUUCGGUCGAAGACUCGCCUAAAGAAAAUCCCGAUUCGGCUCCAAAGUUUGCUAGUGCUUCAGGAACCGAUGAUGCUGUCAGCUGUGUAGAAAUCGGCAGUAAUAUGAUGGAGAAUGGUGGUACGUCAUCUGAAGCCGCAAAGGAAAUCAUUGUAUGUCUUGGGAAAAUAUCCAUUCCUGACAUUGAAACCAUCGUAAAGCUGGAACAAGAAUUAGCAUCUGCGCUAUUUACAGGUAAUAGAGAUGCUGCAGUGGAUAUCCUGCACAAGAUUAUCCAGUAUGACGUCCUCGCCGAGCCGAAAUUAGCAUGAAGUGUUUCCCC